AUGAAGCGCGGUUCUAGAUGUGUCCAAGCUUCGCUACUUGCUUUGGGUUUCGUAGCCUUGAGCGAUGGCUUUUCGAUGGCGUCAAAGCUUCCCACGAGUCGCCGAACGUUCGAGCCAUUUGCAGCGUUACGAGCCGGCACAGAAGGCGGUGGCAAACGCAAACAAAUUACCAUUAAAGAACUUCAAGAGAAGAUGCUGAAAAGUCCGUCCAAGUAUUCCGCAAUGGGCACGGAGCCAUCCAGAAAAAAGAAAGCUACCCGUCGCACUCGUCGCCGUGUCGAAAGCCCAAAACAACAGUACCUGUAUGCCUCACAGCGAUCGGCAAAGCAGCAAGCGGUAGCACCGGCAAAAAAAGACAUUGGAAAAGAAGAGGGAGAAAAUGAGAAUGAAAAUGAAACGGUGUUUACUGUCGAUACACGCAACCCUCUCCUGCAAGCAAAGGAGUUUGGAAUGGUGCCGGCAACUCAGCAUUGCGAUCCUUUAGUUGAUGGACUGAAGCCUAGGCUCGUUGGUCAGAUUCGUAUAAGUGAAGAAGCAGGAAGCGGAUCGUUCGCUUACUUGGUUGAAAAGCCUGCCGGCUGGUCGAUACUAGGCAGUCAAGCUUCCAAAUCAAAAAAGACGACAGCGAAAGGAACGGUCACAGACACCGAAGAGAGCAUGCCAGCGGUUCAGGAGCAGCGUCGUCGCAAGACAAAAACGCAGGUCAAACUCGUCGAUGAAGAUGGAAACAUUGAUAUUUUAGAAUACAGUGAAGAGGAUAUCUUGGCUCUCUUGACGCCCGAGGAGCUAGAAGAAAUGAAAGAGGACCUGGGUACGGAUUUUCAAGCUCCUGCUCGCAGUAAGCGGCUCGCUGCGGAUCUAAUCAUGCCACCGAAAGACGAUGAUCCCGAUUCUUCGGUUCGUAGCCAUAUCAAAGACGAGCAUCGCGACCUCGACGAAGAAACGCUGUCUAACCUACGAAGGAUAGAAGGUCGAAAGCAAAGAGCGAGUGAAAUCGCCACCUUUGCGGAAGCAGCGCGGCCUUCUGUCAUCACGUGGCUAAAGGAUGUGAAGGCUGGUGAAGGUGUUCCUAUUCGUGGUGGAAACUUCUGGACUGCUAUAGCUGGAGCGUGCGAAGUUGAUGAUUCGGGAUUGGUUUUGCUGUGUCCAAAAGCCAAUACAGAGAGGAUAUUUGUAGAGUAUGCAGAGUACGUGACUGUUGUUGGAAACGGCGGUCAUUUGGUCCCGAGGAGCAAGGAGAACAGAAACGCUGCAUCCUCGUCAAAUGAUGUCAUCAAGUUUGAAAUUGUUUCAAAGGUUCGAAAAGGAAGAGGCGACGAUGCGAUUCAAACUGUAAGAGUGUUGAUUCCGGAUAAAACUUCAACUUGUUCGAGUAUUGUAGAGCUGUGUCAAAAGCAAUUCCAGGAUGGAAUCCGUGGUGAUCCUGCUGGUAAUCCUUUUGAUCGACGUGCAAGGCGGCGUCUUAUCCAUUGCGAAUCCAUGUCCGUCUCUAGUUUGGUGUUCGACGAGACGUGUGAAGUGGAAACUGACAUGUUUCCAGACGAUAUUGCGGUUUUGGCGGAUCGGCGGAAUCAUCUCGAGUACACGACGGGUUCCUUCUUGGGCCGCGCUUCGCUUCAGCAAAACGAAAUGACGAACGCGUACCGAGAAGUAAAUGGAGCUGCAGAUGGUUUCCCGGGGUGGACCGUGGAUCGCUACGACAAAUGGCUAUUGGUGCAACACGACCCGAAAGAGCCUCGUGGCCCACUUCCUUCGAUUCACGACGGUAACACACUUGGCAUUUACUACAUUGAGUCAAGUCCGGACCGCAGCUCCAUGGGUGCAUCGACCAAUGCGAGAGCUCGAUUGUUAGAAGGAAAGCCUGCUCCUGAAUUCUUUCCGAUUGUCGAGAACGGUGUCAAAUACGUGGUGAACCUGGAUCGAGACCUAUCCACGGGUAUCUUUUUGGACCAGCGCCCACAAAGAGCCUGGUUGUCCCGCAACUGUUGUGUGGAUACGCAAGUAUUGAAUUGCUUCGCACAUACAGGGGCCUUUUCCGUAGCUGCGGCUUCGACAGGAGCAUCCACCGUGAGUAUUGAUUUAUCCAAGAAGUGGUUGGAUCGCCUGUCUACUCACUUGGAAGCUAACGACAUUGAGUUUGAUGAACGACACGACGCAAUCUACGGGGAUUGUUUUGAUUGGUUAAGUCGAUUGGCAAAACGAGGAGAAAAGUACGAUAUUGUGAUUUUAGAUCCGCCGUCGUCUAGUGUUGGGGGUCGCAAGAAGAAGCGUUGGAGCAUCAAGAACGACAUGGACGAGCUCGUUGCACUUGCUGCAAAUUUGGUCAAAAAAGGCGGUCUCCUUUGGACUACGACCAACAGCGCCAGCACUCACCCUAUCAAGUUCGCACGCCUUUGCCAAAAAGGCCUUGACGACGCCGGUAUCGAAAAUGCGAAGUUGGAACGGAUUCAGCCGAUGCCGGCCGACUUUCAAACGAUCGGACCGCAGCCAGUGACAAAUCUUGUGUGGAGAAUACCAUAG